AUGCAUUACAUCCGCCUCCUACGAGCCCCAAAGCUUACGUACGAGAAGGGCAGAAAGCACCCGUGGUCUCUUAAUGUCGUUCUCUCCGUCACCACGGAUCUCGGCGACUCCUUCCUGAACCCCGACGACAAUGAUCCCGUCAAACUCAAGGUCAGCGCAGGCUGGGAGCAGCCAAAGAAGCAACAAGCCGCCGAGUCCAUGAUCCUGGCUGCGGAAAAGACUCUGCGAUGGACACCCGGGAUGCGUGUCCUCAAGGCCGAUAUUCCUGCUCAGCACCUCACUGCCCCGUUCCUCCCGAACCCCGGCCCGGGCCCUUUGAGAGUUGUUGUUCGCGCGGACAAGGGCCAGUCGGCUGAGCUGGCGACCAGUGUUGCUUUCGCAGGAUUCGAAGACGAAUGUGGAAAGAUUAUGCCCGUAUGGGCCGAUGUUCAGACGCCAGAUAUCCAUGAGGCACCGACAACGUGCGUGAGGAGGCUUGCACACGGCGAUCGGCAAUCGGAGCCGUUCAUCGAGAUUGAGGAGGAUAUUGGAGAGAGUAUUGCGAGGCAUAUUUGGGAUGCUGGGUUGAUGGCCAUCUCAAGAGUCUGGCUCGUCAACGGCCGAGAAAGUUACAACGCGGGAAAGCAUCCCUGGCACAUGCACGAGUUCCACGGAUUACUUUUUCGGAAAGGACCGCUGAACAUUCUCGAGCUUGGAUGCGGCGUAGGAAUCUUGGGUAACGGACUUGCGCAAAUCAUGACUAGGGAGGAUCCGGAGGGGAAGAGCAGCAUCCUCAUGACUGACCUCCCUGAGGCGGAGCAACGCGCGAGAGCGAAUAUCGAACACCUAACUAGAGCGGGAACGGCGUCUAUACGCCCAGAAUACGAAAACCUCGACUGGGAUGACGGGCGCAAAGGCGAGCUCGGCCCGCUCGUCAAAGCCAAAUCGUGGAACCUCAUCGUCAUGAGCGACUGCACCUACAACGUCGACGUGCUCCCCUCUCUCAUCAAUACCUGGACGGCAGUGCACGUGCAUAACCUUGCCAAGAGUCCCCAAGGCUCGGCACAGACCUAUAUCUACGUCGCCUGGAAGAAGCGGCACCCGGACGAGAACGAGUUCUGGAACCUCGUCGACGACGCCGGGUGGGUCCUCCUGGAGGAAGACGUCGUUGACCUACCAGUGCUCGGCGGCGAAACAGAAAAGAUCUUUUCGUAUCUUUUUGAGACGCAUUCCCAGAAGUACGAGAUGGUGGCCGAGACGGGGACGUGGAAGUGUCUGGAUCGCGCUGACUCGAAGGCUCGAUUGAGUGGUUGA